UGCCACCAUUUACAUUCAUUGUUGCUUGGAUUCGUUUAGACGUGGCAGCCAUGACGUGAUUUCUGAGUUUUUGUUAAACAGAUUACACUAUUAAUCGUAGCGAAAACUGUAACUUUAGGGGAAUACGUGCAUUACUCGUCACCGCCUUUCGAUUUGCCAGUGUAAAAUUAGAAAUCCAGUGCGUAAUACAUCCAACAACAAAAAAGAAGUGUGCAAAAAAAACUUGAAAUUACCACAAAAUAUUGUGUAAGAAAGCAUUGCGAAAAGAAAGAAUAAAGAAAAAGAAUUGUGCAUAUGUACGAAUCGAAACAAAGAUGCGUGAAAAUCUUAUGGAAAAUCUUGUCGCACUUGCACUGACGUACAUACAUAUGUGAUUUUUUCCCACUCCCCCUUCAACGUCGUGUUCGUACUCUUGAUUGAUUUCUCCACUCUCUCGUGUGGAUGCGUCUGUAUGUGUGCGUGUUAUGCACGCGCGCUCCAGCAAACGUCGCCGUCGUCGUCUGUCGUCCGUCGCCCGUCUCUGUCGCUCCAACUGCGAAAACGAAACCGAGUAGGAAAAAUAAUGAAGAAAAAGCCCCGAACCGACGCGUUUUAAUUAAAUUUAGUAACAAAUAGCAACACAACCAACUUACAAUAAUUUCAAUAAGUGCCAACAACAAGAAGCUGAAAUGAAACGUAUAUGUCGCCUUUUUAAGCCACUUAACCAAAAUAUGCCAACACACAAUGUAGAGUGAAAAGUAAAAGAGAAAAUAAGUCAAAACUAGAACGCACCAGAGCAGAAAUCACCAAUACAACACUUACACAGAAAAGCAACAAUCAACCUACCAACAUCUGUAGCAGUAACAACAACACCUUUAGUGCAGCUACGUAAAUGUAUAUAUGCCAACAAGAAGUCAACGUCCAAUUUAAAGUUCAUUUUGGUGUUGCUUCCUUUAUCGAUUGCUGCCCCUCCGAUAGCAAAAACCACCCUCCGCCAAUCGAUAACUGUCACUAACCAACACUGCUCGGCGAGCGAGUGAGCGAAAACAGCUGAUUGAGACGGGCGGCCUGUUGUUGUUGCAGUAGCUGUGCUUGGUUUAUUGGGCCGAGGAAACUUUUUCGCUGCCCCGUAGCGGAGCGAGCGUGAAAGGGAUAGAAGAGAAAGGAAAAGAGACCAGAGAUAAAGAGCAGAAACUACAACGUGUGACGUGGUGGGGGCAUACAGGUGGUAAAACAGCUGUUUCAACAGCAAGAACAACAAAGAACAGCCUCGAGAAAAUCGGUUUUAUGUAGAAAUACAAUAAUCUGCCGUCUGCAGUUUUUCCAGCCAACCAACACAUACACAAAUAUAUAACAACCAACAACAACAACCACAACAGACGCAGGAGAGCAGAACUUCCAGGCAGCUUCCAGGACCAGGGUCACCUCCGCGAUAGACUUCCUUCCACACAACGUGUGCUUCCCCCUUCCUACUCAAAAGUGUACACUUCCAGCCAAGAACCGCUACCUUCAACAUUUUUCAAGCUGGCCAAACCACAGCUAGAAGAAGAGAAACCACAAAUAAAGAAAUCUUGGAAGAACAGGAGCAGGAGCAACUGAAGCAAUUAGCAAGAUCACAAGAAGUUAACCGAUCGAGCAGAGGAAAGUGGACGACAUUUAUUGCGACCCAAUUGGCGGCUAGCUGCGCGCACGUUAUGACCAAUUCGAUUGCGUCAACGAAAUGCCUGCCGCCCAAUGUUUUAUCGACCGGCAACUAUGGAAUGUCCCAGAGCCACCGCUACAACAACGAUGAUAGCAAGGAGUACAUCAUUGUCAAGCUCACCGAUUCCGCCUUCCGUGCGAUCGAGGAGUAUCAGCGCGAUGACAAUGCCAAGCGUUUGCAGCCCAACCAAAGGGCUAAGAUCCAGUUUGUUGGCAACGACGGUUUCAUACACUUCCCGUCGCGUCCAGCAGCGACGGAUCCUAAUGGCAAUGCUAAUGGCAAUGACAGCGGCGGCAACGGCGGCGGUGGACGAAAAUUUGGCUUCACCAUCAACAACAUGGAGGGAACGCUGGAAUGCGUCCAGCAGCAGCAACAAAACCUGGGAGUCCUCGGUGCCGUCACCCUGCGGAUGCGAAUUCAUGCGAACGACGAUGUCUACGACACGACACGCACAAAAAUGGCCAAAGCCGAGGAGACGGAGAAGAGCAAGUGCAUUCGGGAGAUUAAGCCAAAUCAGUCGGAUAUUGGGCGUAAGGUGAAAAAGCCAACGUCCUCAGUGUCAUCCUCAUCCUCCUCCGCCUCAGCCGCAGCUUCAGCAUUCUCCUCCUCAAGCUCCAAUUCUGGUUCGACGACGACGGCAUUUCACCAUCACAGCAACAGCAACAACAGUGGGAACAACAGCAGCAGCAGCAAUAGUUUUAAUAGCAACAACAACCAUAGUCGUAAGUUAGGUUCAUCGCCAUUUAAUGGCCUAGGCGUAGGUUUGGGAGGCAACGGCGGCUCCUCCUCCGCCGCCGCCGCAUAUGCCUCACGUUCGCCCAAUCCCAGCACGCUGGGCGCCAGCGGCACAGUCAAUGGUCGCUACCACAGCGGCACUAGCAGCAGCAGCAGUGGUGUUGGUGGUGGAGCCGCCACAUCGCUGGCCUCUACGUUUGCCAACGGCAUCUCGCAUGGAUAUAACCUGAGCGGCAGCUCGCCAAGGGAUGCAAUGCCAGCGGCGGCGUCGUCAGCAGCAUCAGCCAUUAAUUCCUCUUCCUCGGCGAACGGACGCAGCAAAAUGCAGCAAGGGGGAGGUCUCACCUCGUCUUCGUCCUCCAGGAGUGCCAACAACAAGUCUUCGGGCGCCAACAAGAUGUCGGAUGUGUCUAGGCGCAACAUACGCGAGCGCCUAAUCCAUUUGCUAGCCCUUAAGGCGUUUAAGAAGCCCGAACUGUUUGCCCGACUGAAGAAUGAGGGCAUCCGCGAUCGGGAGCGUAACCAGAUUACUAACAUACUCAUGGACAUUAGCACCAUGUCGCACAAUACGUACAAUCUGCGUCGUCAGAUGUGGAAUGAUGUGGACGAGAACUGGCAGUUCUUCAGCGAGCAGGAGCUGCAGCAAUUGAAGCGCCGCAAGCCCCAGAAUCUAACGCCUCCGAUGAGCUCGGAUGCGGGUAGCUCGACGUCUGGUCAGAGUCCCACAUCGACGCACACCGGCAGUCCGCCGCCGCCCUCGAACAGCGGCGCAGGCGGAGCUGGGCCUGGGGGAGCCGGAGGCAGCAUGAAGCGCACCAGCCUCGAGUACGACGAGACCAUGUUUAGCACUGUUCAGCCCAAGAAGCAGCGCAUCAGUCACUACAAAAAGGACACUCCGCCAUCGGGGACCUCGUACUCAAGCUCCUCAGCCUCCGGUUCGAUGUCGAUGCUGGGUUCCUCAAUGAACUCUAGCCGGAAUCGUUAUACGCCGCCUCAGCGCCAACCUGGACCGUUGGAUGAUCACAGCACCAGUGAUCUUAGCUACAAUGUGCUGGACAACAUGGAGGAGUUUAUGAGCUCGACGGCAGCAGCAGCAGUCACGCAGCACCAAGCAUCGAUGGAACAGCAGCAUCAGCAGCAAACGCAUAUUCAUCCAAGGAGCAGUAGCAGCAGCAGCCGGCGAGGCAGCUCCUCAAUUGGCAAUGGAGGCGCGGCCAGCAAUGGGGUCAAUGGAAACAAGGACAAGCGCAACUCCACAGGCAGCAAUUCGAGCAGCUCCAGUGGCUAUGAAACGCAACAGGAAAGGCAGCAGCGGGCAACGGCAUCAACGAUGUCGGCUAGCCGCAGCAGUAACAAGUCAUCAUCCGCCUCAGCCUCCUCCUCUACCGCGACAACGCCUCCCAAGCUAGCGGCUAGCUUUGUGCCCGCUGCAGCAUCCGGACCCAGCAAGCAGCGAAUGCCACCCCAGCAGAGUGAAUACAAUUCGUCGUACAGCAAUGGUAACAACACGCAGCAACAUGCUGCCUCCAACAGCAAGAAACGGACGAGUAGUAGUAGUGGUAAUCCCAGUGGUCAGCGUCAAAGGAAUUCCAGUUCCUCCAACUCGGGGUAUCAGCAAGUGCCACCACCAAACUCUUCCUCGUCCUCCAACUCGCGAUCCUCCCUCCAGCAACAGCAGCAAGUGCAUCAUCAACAGCAACAGCAGCAACAGGCGCAACAACAGCAGCAGCAUCAUUACCAUCAUCAGCAGGCCAAGCAGCAUCCAUCGCCCACGCAACAAUUGGCAGCUGCCGCACAUGCCUACGCGCAUGCCACGGCGGACACGGAUGCCUCGUCCAUGCCCCGCUACGACUUUAGCCAGUUCGUUCCCAUCCAGUCGGUCGAGGGGCGGCGUAGGUACAAGACUGAGUUCGAGAGCGACUACGAUGAGUACUGCAAGUUGUUGACCCGCGUUGAGGAUGUACGCAAUCGGUUCCAGGACUUGUCCGAGCGCUUGGAAAGCGCCCGGAUCAGUGACUCUGGGUAUGGCGACUACGAUCACAUCAAGCACCAGAUAGUGUGCGAAUAUCAAAGGAUCAAGAACGAUCGCACUGUUUGCGAGGACAAGCAAAGGUUCGACUACCUGCAUGCCAAGCUGGCGCACAUCAAGCAGCUGGUGACGGAUUAUGACAAGACUUUAAUGAGUGCAGCCUCCAAUAAUGUGGCGGCGACGACAACGGCGAUGGUGCCACCGAAUCCAGCGGUGGCCGAGGCAGCCGACAGAUUGGCGGAGCAGCAGCGAAGGCAACACCAUGCGGCUGAGACGAUAGAACACCAGCAGCAGCAAGAGCAACAACGCCAUCAUCCCCAACAGCAUCACUCACAGGAGCAACACCAUCCGCAGCAUCCCCAGCAGCAGCAGCACGAUAGCGAUUCUGAUGACAGCUCGAACAGCUCUGAUUCCAACGAUGAUGAUGACGAAGAGGACUGCGAUGAUUCCAACUCCAAUACAGAUGACGAUGAGGCCCGCCGCUAUUGAUCCUGCUGGAACUGCUUCGAUGACCCGAUGACACUCAAUAUACAUACACUCUAGAGCUGGAAAAACAUCCAAGUAUCGAAAACUUUUAUACUUUGCAGCUCCAAGAUACACUGAUCCCCGCAAUGUAAAAAGGCAAAUAAAAACUAAACAAAAAAAAAAAAAAAAAAACGUGGAAGAGACUAUUACAACAAACACUACAAUCUUAUAAAAAUGACGAAAAACAACACAAAAAAAAAAAAACAACAACCAACAAAACCGAAAAACACCAACAAAAACGUUCUACAAGAAAAUGUUCUACAGCAACAACAAAAAAAUCUUCAAAAAAAAUGUUGAAACUAUGUUAACAAAAACAAAACGAAAAAUUACAACUUUUGCGUAAAUUUUUUAAAUUUAAAUUAAACUACAAGAAUAAGUGUAUGAUGUUCUGCAUCUAUGAACUAUAUACACACAUAAACACAUGAGUACAUAACAAGAGAAGACGGAAGACGAGGAUGAUGGAGGCAAAAGCAAAAGCAAAAUAUACACGAGUUGUAGACUUAAUUUUUCUGUUGAGCAUAUAUAUUGAGCAGCUUAAAUAAGUAACUAAAUGAAGGCAAAAAACACAAUGUUUACCUUGCGUUUUUGUGCGUGUAAUAAUCAUUAUUACUAUUAUUAUAAUAUUAUUAUUAUCAACUUUUAAAUAUAGCCUGUACGUUUUUCGUUUUUAAUCUAGACUCUUCUUAUUUGUAUUCUUGAUUUUUUGUUACAAACAACGGCAGACCACACUAAUCACUUACUCACACAGACACACACCAUACCUACACCCACUACACACUCAUCGAACAUUUUUUUUUGCAUUUUUGGGGCAUAGCUUUUGUUUUAGAUUUGUGUGUAUAGAGAAGGAAGAGAUCGAGAGAGAAUGAGAGAUAGGCCCAAUAGUCCUGUUUCCUGCUUUCUGAAUCUCAGAAUCUGUACAGUGUGGGACUGGGAUCGGGAUGGGGAUCCGGGACUGGGCUGCGGCUGCGAGUAGAGUUAACUGAUAUUGAGCCAAUGUUUGCCUAGGCCUACGAUGACCACAAUUAAAUUCCGUAACCGACGAAACUGACACGACAGCUAUAGAGAUAAAGAUGAUAGCACCGCAGAAACUGAAAAAGAAUCCAAGUGCACAUGGUAAAGGGAAAGGUAACAGGGUUCUUAAGGUUGUACGGGCCGAAUCUCCCGUUACGGCUAACGCUCACUUUUUAUGCUAUCCUUUCGAUAAAUAUAAAAAUUGUAGUAAAUUUACUUUCGCACUUUCAAGUGCUUUAAAUACAAGUUUAUCAAUUGGACAAAUCUAAACUACACAUAAAAGAAUCAAAUUCAAGUUUAUCGAUUCGACAAAUGUUAACUACAAAUCAAGGAAUCAGCUCCUUAUGCUACAUACAUUUGUGCUUAAUGUUCAACUUAAUAAAAUUCUUUCUUCAAUUAAGAAGUGAAAAAUCAAUUUUCAAAGCUUGGUACUGUACUCCCUAAACCUAUUACCUAUCCGUUAAAAUGUGACUGGCAGAUCGGAUGUGUGUAAAUUAUAUAUAUUUCACUUUAGUGGUGUUGCAUGCGGGCGUGCCUCUAAACAAUAGACUGAACUUUUUAAAAACGGCUUGUGUAGUGAAAAAAAUCUUUUGUUUUAUGUAGAUAACUAUAUAGUUAAUUUGUUAUAUAUAUAUAUAUAUUUGUGUUUUUGAUUUUACAACCAUUUUUUGUUUUGCGAUCGGAAGCGUGCGUUGGUAUAUUUUCUAACAUUUUAAAAUACCUUUCAACCAUAGGGACUUUUUAGAAACAAAAACAUUAAAUAUGUGUUUUAUUUGCGGCUUUCAGACACAUGUUAUCAUUGCUCAAAAAACUACAUAUGAGAGGACUAAUAGAAAUGAUAUACUUAAUGGUUGUAUCACAGCUAUAUACUGCGACCCCCUGAGUUGUUUGCUUUUAGUUUUAGAACAACUCUAAGCUUCCUUAAGUAAAAUAGUAACGAAAACAAAACAACAAAAGCAGGCAAAAGUGAGAGGUGAAGAGAUAGUAACGAAGUCAGUCGCUUAAAAAGUAUAAAAUAAUUUGCUGAAACAACUCUAGUGUCCAAAAAAAAAAAUCUUGAUAGGAAAACUAACAAGACAGAGCAUUGAGGAGAAGGAUAUAAAAGAAAAGUAACACGAAAUUGAUGAGAAGAACCUUAUGAAAUUUUAGCUAUUUCGUUGCAAUAUUUUUUAUAUACGAUAUUUAAGUAUAGUCGCGAGGGAGGGGAGAAAAAACAAAGAAACAAACGAAUGGGAAAAUCAAAUGAAACAAUGAUGAGAUCAAGUUGCAAAAAAUCAAGCGUUUAAAAUCGAUUCGUAGCAAUUACAAAAUCAAGAAAACAAAAUCAUAUACAAUUUAUAUACAAGAAAACUAAAUAUAUACACCAUAUAUAUAUUAUAUACAACAUUGACAUUUGAUAAGCAAACAAACGAAAACUUACUAGUUUUAUAAAUACAUUAAUGCCACGCCCACGCCCACAACAACACACAGCAACACAUGAACUAACAACAUACAACAGCAAUUGAGAAGGAACUUAUUAACGAUUAAUGUUUAACGACGAUUGUGUGUAAGCCGAUAAAACUGAAGGAGAA